ACCAUGUGGGUGCUGGGAAUCGAACUCAGGUCCUCUUAACCGCUGAACCAACUCUCUAGCCCCCAUCAACAAUGGGUUGGAUUUAAGCAUGAGUGAAGGGCCAAAUUCACCCUGACCAUCAAGAGGAAAAUAGGUUGUAGAGGCUUAGAGAGAUCCAGGAAUCACAUGUGGUGGUGGAUGUAGGCAUUUUGGAAUGGGGACAAUGAGAUUUGGGACUGACUCUAGAGGUGUACUGAAGUGUUAUAUAUUGCACAGAGAGAGGGUGGAAAUGAACUAUUUUUCUCCACCAUACUUCUGACAACAAAUGUCCAUACUCUUUCCACAUCUACAUCCCUCCACCUCUCCAGACACCACCUAGGGAUCUAAAAAUUCCAUUGACUUCUGACAGUACCUAGAGCUGUUGUCUGACACUACAGUUAUAUGCUCUCAGUUCCCUAAGAUGGCACUCAUAUCAGAUGAACACAUCAGUUGCCAGAGAGAAAACUGUGAGCUCAGAGUACCACAUUCACACAACCAAAUUCACAUAACAUCGUCUCUUCAUAUCUGCUGGUUUGUUAAAAUGGCUUGCAGGCCCUGGAAAAACACUGUUUACCAGAACUGAUUUAUUAUAAACAACCCAAGAAAGUCAACAUAGAAGACAGAUGGCUAGGACAAGGUAUUUGGGAAGGGCCUUGCAUGUCCCAUCUGGAAGUUCCAACCUCUCAGCACCUAUAUUGAUCAUGAAAGCAUAAGGAAAUCUAUGAAUGUUUUGUAUUCAACAAACUGGAUUCAGCACCUUGUCUCAUUUAAGCCAACAAUGUUGGUGUGAAAGAGAACAACCUGAAGUGAGAGACGGGACCGAAUCCAGGCUGAGACCCAUCUUAAGGCUGCAGUAUAAGGGCAAUGAAGUUUGCCUUGGUGGUUUCUGGAACUGCCCUUCCGUGAAUGAGGCUUCGGGAUAUUGAGAACAGCUACAGAAUCAGUGGUGACAAUGAGAAGCUGGCAUCAGGUAGUACCUCCUGUUCCUGUGCCCUUCUCUGAGGUUGCUACCCAUUGAGUGUAGAGUGAAGCACGUGACCGCCCUGCAAAGCCGGAGCAAAUUCUUUAAUUCCAUUUAUAUUGAAGAUUUGCUGGUCCUUAGAGAGAGGAAGCCUGGGCAGGGAACAACUGUGGCUGGAAUUUUUGUUUUGGCCAGGUAGGGAUCGUUUAUCCGGUCACAACCGACUCGGUAUCUGGACCUCUGAGAACUAGCCAAUCAAGGCCUCAGGAGCGGAUGAACUGUCCUAUCAGAAGUUCCAGAAGGUAGAGCGGAAGUUCCUCGCCCGCCAUCUUCCUUUCUGGCGCCGCCAGCGUGGUGUGCUAUCCGAUAAGGGAGUCCUGAAUCACUCAGUUUGGGUCUCUGUGUGACCGCGGUGAGUUCAGGAGACCCCCGCCCCGGCGCAUACGUGAGUCAAACGUGAAACUUCCCAUUCCGGAGCGCCGGCAGCCAUACUAUUGGCUGUUCUCACAGGCGCACUGGGGGGUGGAGCGGGAGGGCCUCACUCGCCGUCUUUCUUUCUGACGCUGUCAAAGUUACCAUCAGUUUAGGAAGUCCCGGAUUGCACAGACAUUAUUGAGGACCCACAGUGUGCGAGCUGUUCAUUCAGGAGCGCCGGCAGACGCGGCCGCACUGCCUCACCCGCCAUCUUUCUUCCUGGCCUGGUCGCUGUCACGCUGCCGCCUUGUCCACUGAAGAAUCUCGGGUAGCUCGGCCUCUGUGGCCGAGCGACCCGGAGCCCAGGAGUCGCCGUGAGGCCGCAGGAGCCCCGGACGCAGACAUGGAGCCUGUGUCCUUUGAGGACGUGGUUGUGAACUUCACCCCAGAGGAGUGGGCUUUGCUAGAUUCUUCCCAAAAGAGGCUGCACAGAGAUGUGAUGCAGGAAACCUUCAGGAACCUGGCUGCCAUAGGAAAAGAAAAAGACCAGAACCUCCAAGAUGACUAUGAAAAUUUAAGGAGAAUUGUGCUCAUUGCAGUUCAAACUGAACACAAACUAUGUGAGAAUCAAGAAUAUACAGAGAAACUAAGUACAUGUAAGGAACGUGGAAGAGCCAUUAGUUCUCCCCAGUGCUUUCUGAAGCAUGUGAAGUCUCACACUGGAGAGAAAACUUACGAAUGUAAGCCAUCGGAGGAAUGCUUCAGUAGACACAGUUACAUUCAGAUGCACGCUACAGGGAAACCUUGUGUUUUAAAGGAGUGUGGGAAAGGCUUUAUAACUCCUGGUGAUAUUCAACAGGACAUGAUAACACAUAAUAGACAUGGGCCAUAUACACGUAAAAUCUGUGGCAAAGCCUUUCAUUGUUCCAGUUCUUUCUUGACACAUGAAAGAACACACCCUGGAGCACAGCUUUAUGUAUGUACACAGUGUGGGAAAGCCUUCACUUAUUCCAGUGGCCUUCGCCGCCAUGAAAGGACCCAUACUGGAGAGAAGCCAUAUGAAUGCAAGCAGUUUCUGAAAGUCUUUCCUUCUUUGAGUAAGGUUGAAAGUCAUGAACAAACUCAGACUGGAGUAAAAUACAUAUGUAAUCAAUGUGGAAUAGCCUUCAGUGAUCAUGAUUCCCUUCAGUGCCACGAAAAGAUUCAUAAUUUAGAGAAACCCUAUAUAUACAAGCAAUGUGGAAAAGCAUUCACUUGUUCCAGUGCUUUGCGAAGACAUGAACGAAUUCAUACUGGAGUAAAACCCUAUGAAUGCAAGGUAUGUGGGAAAGCCUUCAUUGACUGCAGUUCUCUUCAGUGCCAUGAAAGGAUUCAUAGUGGAGAGAAGCCGUAUGUAUGUAAGCUGUGUGGGAAAGCCUUUAGUCGUCAUGGGUCCCUUAAAUGCCAUGAAAGGAUUCAUAGUGGAGAGAAGCCCUAUGUUUGCAAGCAAUGUGGGAAAGCCUUCAUGCAUCAUAAUGCUCUUAGAUACCAUGAACAGAUUCACAGUGGAGAGAAAUCCUUUGAAUGUAAGCAAUGUGGGAAAGCCUUUGUGCUGGGCAGUGCGUUGAAAAAACAUGAACGAAUUCACAGUGGGUUGAAACCUUGUCUGUGCAGGGUAUGUGGGAAAGCCUUCACGUUUCAUAGUUCUCUUCAUUGCCAUGAAAGGACUCACACUGGAGAGAAACCCUAUGUUUGUAAGCAGUGUGGGAAAGCCUUUAUGUAUCACAGUUCCCUUCGUUGCCAUGAAAAUAUUCAUAGUACAGAAAAACCCUAUGUAUGUAAGCUAUGUGGGACGGCCUUCACUUACCAUAGUUCCCUUCAACGCCAUGAAAGGAUCCACAGGGGAGAGAAACCGUAUGUAUGUAAGUACUGUGGGAAAGCCUUCACUGAUCACAGUUCCCUUCGAUGCCAUGAAAGGAUUCACACUGGAGAGAAACCCUAUGUAUGUAAGCAAUGUGGGAAAUCCUACAGUACUCAUGGUUCCCUUCGAUAUCAUGAAAGGAUGCACUGCAUGUAAACUGUAUUGGAUGACCCCCUCUCUGAGUAAAUUUUAAACUCGGUAACAAACUCAGAAAAACCAUAUGUUUGUAAGCAAUGUGAACAAGCCUUAAUAUGUUCUGGUUCCCUUCAAAAAACAUGAAUGGCAACACACUGGAGAAUAUCCCUAAGUACAAAAUAUAGGAAGGCCCCAUUAAUGCAAGAUCAUCCUAGCAAACAUGAUGACAUAUGAAGGAAAGGUAAAGCAUGUGGGACCAUCUCUACUUGUCUCGGUUCAAGUCACAAAUGAACACACUAAGGGGGUGAGGAGAUGGCUCACUCUGUAAAGUACUUGCCGCACAAGCAUGAGGACCUCAUUUUAAAUCCUCAGCACUCAUGUAAAACCCAGACAUGGUGGCAUAUAUGUGUAAUCCUGCUUCUGGGGGAGCUGGGACAGGAGACUCUAGGGCUUGCUGGAGAGCUAGUCUAGUCAGGUUCAGUGUGAGACCCUUCUCAAGAAUAAGAUGGAGGGCUGGAGAGAUGGCUCAGCAGUUAAGAGCACUGGCUGUUCUUUGAUAGAUCGAAUCCCAGCUCUCACAUGGCGGCUAACAACUUUCC